GAGGAAUUUGAGGGAAGCCCUUUAGUCAAAAUGAAAAGUUUUACCAAGUUUUAAAUAAUGAAUAACAUUGAUUAAAAGAGUGAGAGUUAGGCGAGCAGACGCCCAAGAUGUCUGGGAAGAGAAAGCCAGAUCUGAAGGUGAUAAUAAUGGGGGAUUAUGCUGUGGGUAAAACGUCUCUAGUUUGUCGUUAUAUAGAGGAUAAAUUUAUUAAACAUGAACCGACAAUUGGAGCAGCAUUCUUUUUAAAACAAUGGGGCCCUUAUAAUGUGGCUGUGUGGGACACGGCAGGUGAUGAAAGGUAUACAGGACUCUCCCAUUUCUACUGUCGAAACGCAGGGGCGGCCAUCUUAGCUUACGAUAUGUCAAAUCCACAAACUUUCGAAUCUUUAUGGGCUAGGUUUAUGCCACUACUUAAUUCGUCCACUGAAAAAUGUCUGAAGAUUGUCGUGGGAACGAAAAUGGACCUCAUUCCACCAGAAGAAAGGGACAUAACUCUGGAAGAAGGAAGAAAAUUAGCUCAUGAAUUAAACGAGGGACUAGAUAUAUCCAAACUAGCAUGUGAACCGUACUUUGAAACCUCAAGCAAAGAUGGCAGCCAUGUGUCUGAGGUGUUUGAAUGCAUAUUUCAAUAUUGUCUCCCUUUAUCGGGGGAUCAAAGAAGCAAGUUUGGACUAAGUACUAGUACCGUGGACUUGUAUGAAAAGGAACCGAAACGUGCAACAGCUAAGAAAGGUUGUUGUUGAAUUUUAUGAUAAUUUUAUAGUGCAAAUAUUUUUGUUAAAGGAAUUGUAAAGACUAUUUAUGUGUAUCUAAUUACAGCUUCAAUUUGCACCAUUCAAAUUUGCAAUCAGAUGUCUAUGGUUCCUGCAAUUCCACUUUAGACAUUCCAAGACAUGUAUAUAACUUGUAAUUUUAUAAUUAAUGUUUUUUUAGUAGCUUUUUAUAUCUUUUGGCCAGUUUUUCUUCUUGAUAUUGUUCAUUUUAAUUGGUUCUCGAGAGGCUACAAGGUUGGCUUUCCACCCUAGAAAAUUUGUUUGUACCCCCAUUUGUCCAAUUAACCAAAGUACUGAAUUUUAUUUUGUGUAAUUUUAAUGUCCGAUGCUUUUGAAUCCAAAAGGUGUCUAUCCCCAACCACCAUUUUUAAUCGUUUAUUCGAAGACAAAAAUAAACUUAAUAUGUUAUAUAAAUAUUUAUUAGGGACGGACAAUUUUGUACAUUUCAUUUUACUAUAUAAUAAAUUACAAUAAGAUUCUUUUACUUUCAAGGUAGUAUCAUUUCUAGUUGUAUAAAAAGUACAUCAUUUUUUUGCCAGAGCUGACUCUUUUCAGCUCUCUUUUUUUGACAGAUGUCAUCCAGUUAAAGUAAGGAAACAAAGUUUGCAAAGAUAUUCAUGUACAUCCAUGCACAAUUAGGUGUCUAGUCGUUCGGAUGGGACAAUAAACUGAGGCCCUGUGUGCUACAGGCUGUCACAAAUAUCUUUGUUAAAAUAUAAAUGCAUGGAAUCAAGGCUGGAUAGAAUAUGACAAGCAACAGAAAGAACACCCCUAAUUUUACAAAUGAGCUCUUCCAAGUAUACAUAUUCCCUUCCUUAUUGAUACAAAGUAUGCAUGUGAGGAAGAGUUCAAUAUAAAGUUGAGGGGGGUCCAAAAGAUGACUGGCACACUAUAUCCAGAUUUGCAUGAAAUGUAUGAUUAAAUGCUAAGAUGAUUACAGACGCGAAAAAUAUCACUGCCAAAAGGUUUGGCCAUGGAUCAGCGAGUCUGUGAGUCCAGCACAAUUGAAUUGCAGCACAUUUUGAAUAAAUAUACACAGCACUUGGUCAGUAUCUC